AUGGUUCAUCUUGGUGUUGCAGCUCUGAGGAAUCUUGCUUUAGGCAUCAAGAAUGUGCAGGAUUUUGACUUUGUUGAUGCACCCAGUGUCAGAGCGAAAGAGAUGACCAUCAGAAAUAUUCAAUUAGGAGCUGUUGUAGUGAGAGAUGAUGUUCAUGAAUUAAUGAAAGAGGGUUGGGAUUUAGUCAAGUUGGGUAUUGAACCUCAUCUUAGUAAAAUUACCCUUAAAUGCUUCCACGAGCGCCUAGGUAUGGAGUGCCUUGCUCUUGGCGCAGUUAUGGGAAAUUCUAGUAGCAUAUUCUGCAGAGUUGGUACAGUGGAAGAGACAUUGCAAUCUGAUUGCUUUAAGGUGCAAUUUUGCAGCAAAAUGGGGAUCUCUUCACUUUGCUGUUUGUUUAUAAAGAGUGGGAGGCUUUGCCUUGGGAAAGGAAAAAUACCCAGUGCUGGGAAAAUAGCAUUAAUGUGA